UUCACAUACUGUACUGGGCACAGGACCUGGAUGGAGAAAAAGUAUUUGAACGAGUGGUGCAGCAUCCUAAAGUUGGCAUGGCCAAGAAACCACCCAGUGAUGACGAGGGAAGCAUUGUCAUUCUGGACUCUGACUCUGAGGAAGAAAAGAUUGAACAAGGCAAGCAGAGUGCUGCAGAAGGCAAACAUAUAACUGAAGACCUUUCCAGUAAAGAUGAGAGUGAAGGAGACGAGGAAGAGUGUGAUGAAUAUGAGGAGGAAGAAGAUAAUGAAGAAACCAGCUCUGGUUCUGACACUGAGCAUGUUCUGGAUGAGUAUGAUAUUGUUACUGAUGAACCAAAACUGAGUGUUGAGGUUCAUACAUCUGAUGAUGAUAUGAUAGAAGAAGAGGGUUCUCACAAAAAACCUACCCAAGUACAGACAGUUUCUGUUGCUGGUAUGUUUAAGAAUAAUGAACCUUGUGUUAAAGGGUUAAUAGAAAAGGAACCAAUGGACUUCGAGACCUGCAUCAGUGUUAAUGAAAUCAGUAAAUAUGAACAGAGUCAAGGGAAAGUUUCUGAGGUGAUGGAGUUGUCUUGUGAAGAGGAGAAUGCUGGUGACAGAGCAUUAAUAAUGGAUCAACAUAUGAUGGAUUUUGAAGUGGAAAUAAGUGCCAGUCAUAUUUCUAAACCAAAACAAACAGAUGACAGAAAUGAACCUAAUACACAAAUAUCUGUAGAAAACAAAGUGGUCUUAAGUGAAAUGAAAGAAGAGAGUGUAACGGUACCUGAAACAGCAGAAGUGUUUACUGAAGAUGGAAAGUUUGUUGAGGAGGAACAUGAUUUGAUAGUAAGACAGAAGAAAGAGCAAAUUGUUAUGGAGAAAUUGGCACAAAAGGAUGAGAACAUUGCUGUUCAGCUAACAUCCACUGAGAACAUUCCCAAACCAUUACAACAGGAUGGGACAGAUGUAAUGGAGAUAACUGUGCUAGAGGAAGAGGUACUGCAUGGCAGGACGGUUGGUUCUGGAGUCAGUAAUGUCUGUUCCCAGCAAGCAGUUCAAGAACUAGAUAUAACAAGAUGUGGGAUAAAAGCAAGGAAAACUUCUGAAAGUAGCUCUCCUCCUGUUGACAAGCUUCAACUUAGCAGCGAUUUUGAAGGGAGAAGUCAAGAUGUGAAACCCCGAAAAACAAGCAGGAGGGCCAGUUCAUUUCCAAGGGAUAUUAUUCAUGUUGAUGAAAAUACAGAAUCUCGGGACAUAAAAGUGUACAGAAAUAAUAAAGUCACUACUGAAGAAAAAAACGUUCAUUCUGAGUGUGAAGAGGGGAGAAUUCAUAGAGCUGUUGUUGAAGAAUGCUCUGUUCCAAGAGAGAAAUCUCAAAAGACAGAGUCAAGUGAAGUGGAAGUUGAUAGGUUAACAAGUACAGCAGUUUCAGUAGGUGUGGUAGAUUCUAAUAAAACAACAGGCAGCAAACUGAAUAGCAAAGAGGGUUCAUUUCAACAUGAUAUUCCAGCUGUUGAUGUGGAUUCCCAUGAAACGGGGAUCUCCAAACAAAGUGACAGAGAAGGAGCUGUGCAGAGAGAUGUUGAAGUGAUUGAUGAAGAGGUUUAUGGAAGCAAAGCUGAUGAAUCAAGCAGCACUGCGGUUUCCAGUGAACAUCAUAUUAUGUCUGGUAAUGUGAUCUGCAAACCUAGAAGCAGAGCUUGUUCUGUUCAGCGUGAAGAUGUUGAUAGUGUGACUUGUGAAAUAGAAUUGGAUAAACCAUCCAGUAGGGCUAGUCCUGUUCAACAUGAGGAUGUUCCUUUGGAUGAAGUUGAGACAUGUGAAAGAAGAGUCUGCAAAUCUGGCAAGAGAGCAAGGUCUGUUCAACAUGACGAUGUUCCAUCUCAUGAAAUUGGGACAUAUGAAAGAAAAGCCUGUGAACCUAGCAGUAAAGGAAGAUCUGUUGAACGUGACAGUAUUCUCUCUGAUGAAACUGAGGAAUGUGAAACAGAAGUCUGCAAACCUAGAGCAAGUUCUUCACAAUAUCAGGAUGUUCGCUUUGUUGAAGGUAUGAUUGAUGAAGGAAAAGUAUGUAAACCUGCCAGCAGAGCUAGUUCUGUUGUAUGUGAGGAUAUUCCAUCUGCUAUAAAUAGUCAUGAUAAGAAGGUCCACAGGCCUAGUAGCAAAGCAAAUUCUGUUCAGCUUGAGGAUGUUCACUCAGAUGAAAUUGAGACAUGUGAAAGAAAAGUUCUCAGACCUAGCAGUAGAGCAGGCUCUGUUCAGCGUGAGGAUAUUCACUCAGAUGAAAUUGAGACAUGUGAAAGAAGAGUUCGCAAACCUAGCAGCAGAGCAGGUUCUGUUCAGCGUGAGGAUAUUCACUCAGAUGAAACUGAGACAUAUGAAAGAAAAGUUCUCAGACCUAGCAGCAGAGCAGGUUCUGUUCAACAUGAGGAUAUUCAUUCAGAUCAAAUGGAGACUUGUGAAAGAAAAGUUCGCAAACCUAGCAGUAGAGCAGGUUCUGUUCAGCGUGAGGAUAUUCACUCAGAUGAUAUUGUGACGUGUGAAAGGAAAGUUCGCAAACCUAGCGGCAGAGCAGGUUCUAUUCAGCGUGAGGAUAUUCACUCAGAUGAAACUGAGACAUAUGAGAGAAAAGUUCUCAGACCUAGCAGCAGAGCAGGUUCUGUUCAACAUGAGGAUAUUCAUUCAGAUCAAAUGGAGACUUGUGAAAGGAAAGUUCGCAAACCUAGCAGUAGAGCAGGUUCUGUUCAGCGUGAGGAUAUUCACUCAGAUGAAAUUGAGACAUGUGAAAGGAAAGUUCGCAAACCUAGCGGCAGAGCAGGUUCUAUUCAGCGUGAGGAUAUUCACUCAGAUGAAACUGAGACAUAUGAGAGAAAAGUUCUCAGACCUAGCAGCAGAGCAGGUUCUGUUCAACAUGAGGAUAUUCAUUCAGAUCAAAUGGAGACUUGUGAAAGGAAAGUUCGCAAACCUAGCAGUAGAGCAGGUUCUGUUCAGCGUGAGGAUAUUCACUCAGAUGAAAUUGAGACAUGUGAAAGGAAAGUUCGCAAACCUAGCGGCAGAGCAGGUUCUAUUCAGCGUGAGGAUAUUCACUCAGAUGAAACUGAGACAUAUGAGAGAAAAGUUCUCAGACCUAGCAGCAGAGCAGGUUCUGUUCAGCGUGAGGAUAUUCACUCAGAUGAAACUGAGACAUGUGAAAGAGAAGUUCGCAAACCUAGCAGCAGAGCAGGUUCUGUUCAGCGUGAGGAUAUUCACUCAGAUGAAAUUGAGACAUGUGAAAGAAAAGUUCGCAAACCUAGCAGCAGAGCAGGUUCUGUUCAGCGUGAGGAUAUUCACUCAGAUGAAACUGAGACAUAUGAAAGAAAAGUUCUCAGACCUAGCAGCAGAGCAGGUUCUGUUCAGCGUGAGGAUGUUCACUCAGAUGAAAUUGAGGCACGUGGGAAAAAAGUCCGCAGACCUAGCAGCAGAGCAAGUUCUGUUCAACGUGAAGUUUCAGCUGGUGAAACAGAGUGUGAGGAAGGAGCAGUUCGUAAGCAUAAGAGUAGGUCAAGUUCCAUUCAAUGUGAGGAUGUUUCAUCAGAUGAGGUAGGACUUUCUGACAGAAAAGUCCAGAAACUUGUCAGUAGAGUAAGUUCCAUUCAACAUGAGGAUGUUCCAAUUGAUGAGGCAGAUGAUAACAAAAAAGAAGCCCACAAAUUUAGCAACAGAGGAGGUUCUGCUCAGCAGCAAGUUGUUCCAACUAGUGAGGCAGAGUCUGUUAAAAAAAGAGUUCGCAAACCUAACCGUAGAGCCGGAUCUGUCCACAGAAAUCUUGAGGUAAUUGAGGAAGAGUCUCAGAAUACUGGAGCUGGAAAGCCAGACAGUGGUGUAAAUUCUGCUCACUAUGUGGAUAUACCAUCAGAAAAGGCAGAUUCUGAUAAAUGCAAAGUUGAUGAGCCUGAGGCGGCAGAUUCUGUUAAGUGCAUUGAUAUUACUGAGGAGGAUUCUCAUUACAGACCCAUCAGUAGAGCCAGUAGUGUUGACAGCAGAGAUGUUACUUUGGCAGCUGAUUUUGUAUGUAAUGAAAACAGAUCGCCUACAUCUUCGUCUGUGAACAGUGAUGCCAGUACUGUGGUUCGGGAGGAGAGUGCUCACUGGGCAAGGCGUACAAGAAAGAGUAGCGCUAGAAGCAGACACUCAUCUGCUAGUAGCAGAUGUAGUUCUGCACAAGGUGAUGAAGGAACAGAUGUUAAAGACAACAAAAUGCACGCAAACAGGCCCAGUCGCGCAGGUUUGAUUCAGCAAAAUGUCAUCUUAGGUGCUGUUCAUGAAGCAUCAGAAGAAAUGAUUGAAAAUACUAAAGAAACAGAAAGUUCCAGUAGAGGUGUCCCUGUGGAUGGUAAUAUUGUAGGAGUAAGUACUGAAGGACCACGUACAAAUAACUCAAGUGAAAAAGUUGACAAUUUUGGAAGGAAAGCAAAGAAGAAAUAUAGCGAAGCAGGACCAUCACAUAGUAAUUUUGACACAAAUACUGGAAGUACUAUGGAGGUUAAGUAUUCUGAUUUAGAAGACUCUAAUGCAAAAAUUGAAGGUAGCUCCAUUAACAAAAUCUUGAGAGAGAGCAAGGAUGUAAGGGGUAAAAUUAAGAAGAGCCAUUCAAGUGGCAAUGUACAUGAUGCUGGAAGUGUCAAGUUGGAUUUAACACCCCCAAGUGGUAUGCAUCAUGAUGACCUGGCAGCAGAAACAGAUUGCAAGAAAGAAAAGACAUCUAAGGCAAUUUGUGGAGCUAUUUCUGUGUCCGCACUGGAUGACCAAGGCAUUUCUGGUCCCUCUGUACCACCAAAUGAAUUGUUUAGGUUCAAGAGUAAUAUACCCAGUCAGCCAUACAGGAAAGCACAAUCUGAGUGUGAAUAUCCAGUUGUGCCUAAUAUAGAAAGCAGGAGGUUCACAAGAUCAACAUUAGGAAUUUCUGCUAGGACCACAACUGCUGAUACUGGGUCCAUAACUGACAACAGUACAUCCACUAAGAAGUCUCGGAGAUCAGAUAUUGGGUCACAAAGAAUGGGUGAUAGUUCAUGUAGUGAGAGGUCUUCAGGGUCAAGUGUACAAUGGAAAAGAAAAGCAUGCUCUCCAACCAGAGGAGACAGUUUGAGAACUCGGCAGGUGAUUGAGGAAUAUACCACAAACCGGCGGCUAACUCGACAUCAGCGCUUAGUGUUGGAGCGCAGUCUUGAGCUCACCAAGUUGCCAUUAGCUCAGCUUAGGCAUAGGAAACUUCCAUCACUGCCAGAGAAUUCAGAUGAUGUUGAUUCUGGAGAAGAAGACAAGUCAUCUUCACAAAUUUCGAGUGCAGGCACACGGUCAUCUUCUCGUCUUAGGUCUCGUGCCCUGUGUGAGAGUCCAUCUUCAAUAUCACAGGCAUCCACUGUUCACCUUCCCCCAACAGAGAGUCCGUUACGUAGGGCUGGCAUGGAGACUAGAUCCAGUCGAAAGACUCUUUUGAAACUUCAAGAAGAGACACGUUCAGAUAGCCCCAGCCCCACCAAGUCUGAAGCAUCAUCUUAUGCAUAUUCAGCAGCAAGUCUUCCCAUUCAUCUUGGUGCUUCUCCGUCAUCAACCCACUCAGAAGAUGUCACUCUUGGAAGAGUGAGACGUAGAUCAUUUCGGCAAGCUCAGCUUGCCCUUAGGUCUAUGUCUGAUCAAGGUUCUGUGUCUGGUCUACCUUCAGGGACCAAGCCUAGGGCAACCAGUCCAGGUGAUAGCGACAGCAAUGUGAGCAGUGACGCUGGCAGCAGUCAUACGUCUUUGACUUCAGCAGGAAGUCAUAUCACACGAUCUGUGGCCCUGCGCAUGGGACGAAGUCGUUCUGAAGGAGAAAUACGAUGCUCACCACGUCUUGCCAGGCUUCAGGAGGAAGAGCAUUGCUCUGCAUCAUCAAGCACUUCAUUUCGCUUCUCCCCACCCACCCUGGUGGGUGGUACUAUCAAGAAGGAAGAAUCACUGGCUGCUGCUUCACCUUCACCUGUGCCAGCGUUCGUUUUCUCACCACCCCAAAAACAGCAGCCUGUUCCAAAAUUACAUCGUCAGAAUGCUCCAAGCCAGCAGUCACGAGCCCACACGAUGGCACUGAGAGGCCUGCACACCAUCACAGAGGAGUCCAUCCCUCCAUCCACUCCUACCAACACUAGUCCAUUGCAGGCUUCCGAAAGGGAGACCACCCCUAUUGCUGUGAAGAAAUCCAAAAAGUUUAAACCCACUCCAUCUUCUAAAACACCUCACACUAGCAGCCGCCAUAAUGCGAUGACACCAAUGACUAACCAGGAGCAGCGAGAGCUGGUGAAAUGUGAACGUUUGCGUCAGUCAAUUUCCAUGGAGCCACAUCGUCGUUACACAGCAUUCAGGCACAGAAAAUUAUUUAAAAUCAGACGGAACAGCAAGUCUGAUUAGUAAUCGUGUUACUGUGACAGUUCUGUAACUAUUCCACUUUAUUUGACAUUUUAAUAGUUUUCACUGUUAAUAUUCCACUGCAUUUUAAUUCCUUGACUGAGAUGCAAUUAAGUGAUAUGUAUCUGUUUUAAGUGCAUAAUAUUACGAUCUGUUGGAGUAUCAACUCCUAAUAAAUGAACACUUCUAAUGAG